AUGGUCGCCCCUGAUGAUUUGCAGCCGAGGGAUGUGCUGUUGGGGCGUGGCGGCUCCACCUAUACUCACUCUGGAAAUCGUCUGCUUCGCACGUUUUUGGAUGAGCAGUACAUGGGUACUUGGAACAGCUUGACAUCCAAGAAGGCCAAGACUACUUUGACCCGGCAGAUAGUGAUGGAUCUGGAGACAGAAGGUUUCCGGUUUUUGAGAUGGGAUGAUGUAAGCAAUGAGUGGAUAAUGGUGGAUCAGAAUGUGGCAAGAGAGAAGAUUGCAACGCUGCUUCGAGAGAUGGCCAGAUUUGAGCCCUAUAGAGUGCUCGAUGGUGCCCAGAAUCGUGCCUAUGACGACGAUGAUGACGAUGACGGCCCUCAGGACGACAUGAUGGGCCAGCUUCAUCAUGACACCGUGCCUUCGCUGUUUGCCAGUGUGUGA